AUGGAGCAGCCAUGUAAAUAUAUACUUUCGAAGCAUAAACUAGGAGAUGGAACGUUUUCGGGGGUUUUUGAAUGCAAGAAUAAGUUGACGGGUCAACAUUAUGCUGCUAAGAUGUAUAAGAAAAGUUUGGUAUAUGGGUUAGAAAGCAUGUUACAAAAUGAAUUUCUUGUAUUGAAAAAAAUCUCCAUGAACCACGAUAACAUUCUCAAACUUAUAGAUCAUUUUGAAACCGCCAGCGAAUUGUAUUUGGUAACCGAGAUAGCGUAUGGAGGUGAAUUAUUUGAUAAAAUUACCAGGUCGGGUCACUUGGAAGAAUCACAGUCUUCGGCCAUCACGCAGUCGUUGAUGAACGCUAUUUCUUACUUGCACGCAAACAACAUAGUCCAUAAUGAUUUAAAGGCAGAAAAUAUCCUUUUCCGGUCUCGAAAGAAGGACAGCAUGAAUGUACUAGUGGCUGACUUUGGAUUAGCUCGGAUACUCCAUCCAGAAGAAAAGUUGACGGGGGUUCGUGGCACUCUCAGCUAUAUUGCUCCAGAAGUCUUGAAUGGUUCAGGUUAUGAUUUUGCCAUUGAUAUCUGGUCUGUGGGGGUAAUUGUUUACUUUAUGUUAUGUGGAUAUAUGCCGUUUGAUUGCGAAACCGACGAGGAAACGAAGAGCGCUAUACUAGCCGGUGAUUACAUGUAUGAGCCACCCGAAUAUUGGCUGCAUGUGUCACCCGAGGCCAAAGAUUUCAUAGAUUGUUGUCUCAAGACUGAUCCAAGCGAAAGACUUACAGUAGACUCGGCUUCAAUCCAUCCAUUCUUGAAUCCACUACGAGCUAUUUCCAAGCCGGUCCUAAAGGUCUCUAGUUCUACAGAUCUACACGAAAGCUUGAAAGCUGCGAUUAUGCAUUUACAUCUUCCUAUUCAGUCCGCACCCGGAGCAAAUCUUUCUGUGGAAAGAUCUACGGGUACCAGUCAUACUGUUUCUACUGUUUCAUCCAAAUUAUCCCUUCUAGGAAGUUCAAGGACCAAUGCAUCGUACGAUUCAAAAUUAGAUGGUGCAUGCUGCGAUUCGCCUGAUAUCGUGUCCAGAUUCACCACUCCAGUCAUUUCAAACGUAGUUUCAAGGCUGCAUUCGACCAACAAUAUACUAGAUUAUAUAGACACCCCGCCGGGUGAUAUAGACUCUGCGAAGUUUUAUAUUUAG